AUGUGUACAUUGUUGUUGACCAGUACUGCUUGUGAUUCAAUCACGCGUAGGGAGGUUGUUCGUUACAUAUUAUAUAGCAGAGCAGAGGAGAGGAGAGGAGAGGAAGCAGAAUGGGUGCUUGGUGGUUGGUCUAGUUGGUUGGAUAGUUGGUUGGUGUACAGAGACUUUGUCCAUUCGUUUACGACUGUCAUCUAUCUUGUCAUCUAUCACUAUACUAAUAUAGGUAUGACUAGAUUAUAUAAAUAA